AUGAUCCGAUUGAGUGAGGGACGCUAUCUCUUCGGUGACAAGAGCACACAAAUCUUUGUUCGUAAUAAGGUGGAGGUUGAUUGUGUUAACGUAGCCUCUGUCCGAUGCUUGAAAGUUGGAUUGACUGGACAGCUUCUACGGUGGUACUGCAUUCUUCCUCGCCUAUUUGUUUGCUUUUACUUUGGGCAGAUUCUUCGAAGUCACGUCAUGGUGCGCGUUGGCGGAGGUUGGGAUACGUUAGACCACUUUUUACAGAAGUAUGACGAAUGCAGAAAGGUACAACAGCCCAGUAAGUCAAAUAUUUAUUGUCCUUUUACCACAGACAGUCCAUCAACAACUGACAAGCGUUCCCAAUUCAAAAAAGGACAUUCACGCUCAACGGAAGACGGUGUCUUGGAUACUGCCAACACAGCAAGUCUUGUCAGUGCAGUUUCUGGUACCAGAAAACAGGCGACAGGGCUAAGUGAUGAGCAGGGUCCUCUUCUGGGUGAAGGGAACCUCCAAGUGACAAAGAAGGGAAGGGAAGUGGUCUAUACCACUACAGAAGUGAUUCACAAAGCACCAUCAAAAUGCAAUCUUACUCAUCACUGUUCCAAGGCAGCAGAAGAGCCAAUGAAGUCAGACAAGCAUGAAAGCGGUACUGACGAGAAACUCCUCUCAUCCACCUCCAGUAUUGAAGAUGUGGCUUUGACUCCAGUAAUAAGCCAAACGGUAGACAAACCAAAGAGGAGUGAAAUUUCGCACACUGUUUUAAGGGACCGAAUUGACAGUUUUAUUCAGAUGGACGAGGAGCAGAAAGAAACCCUUUUUGCUCAAAACGAGACUUCAGAGGAGGCUGUAUUUGCGUCUACAACUUCUAGUGUUGAAGACCUCUCUCUCAUUCCAGUAAUUGAUCAGAUAGCCAGCGGAUUUGAUGGAAACAUUAAACCUCUCACAAGUAAAGAGCCUGCUUUGGCUAAAACUCCGGUAAAGGGAAGGUCAAAGCCCAACCCACUUCCCUCGCCCUACAAACCGGGCCCCAGUCCGGUUGUCCAGAGGAUUUCCACCUCAUCCAGUGCAUGCCCUAUCAACCGUCAGAGGGCUACAUCAACCCACAACCUUGCCUCGAUUGGGACUUCAUCCAAGCCCAAUUUGGGUAAGUUUUCCAGAUCCACCAUAUCGCUCAAUGAUCCGCCCUCUGCUGUACGCACAAAUAAACCCGUUGGAAGUCAAUCCAAUCGAAACGCUAUGCUGAACAAUGACAAACGUGCAAAGUCCAUCUCCAAUCUUGUACCAGCACCCAGUGUUAAUACUCCAACACGACAAGAUGUAGAUGUAUCAAAAAUGAGUGUUUGGGAGCGUCUGUCUGCCAAUGUGCCAAGGAAUUCGACGGCACCAAAGAUCGUUUCUCCUCCUGCAUCGUCGUUAAAGCAGCAGCAUCAACAACAAAACCAUCCUCACACUCAAGGCAACCGUGUUUCAAAUAUGAAACGACGUAACUCAGUUGCUACACCAAGAAAGGUCACAUGUUUAGAGGAACAGCCUAAAGUUGUGAAGGCUCCUGCACCCAAGGUGACACAAACUCGACGCUCCUCCGUAGCGAGGAUGCCCGCAGAGGGCUCACGUAUUCCGAGACCAUCAAAAGCCUUCACAGUCGCAGAGGCACGCUCCAAAUCGGUUGGAUCAAGUCUCCAAGUCAAACGUGUAUCUCCCACCUAG